AAUUGUCUGUUGUAAAUAACCUCUUAAAGGGUAAAAUGUAUCUUAAUACAGAAGGGAAUUUGUAUAUUUUAGAUGCUUAGAUCGCUUGCAAAUUAUUCCAUUCCUUCUAAUCACAUACUUGGAAUUAUUGAUCAUAUCAAUGAUAGGAGGUCAUAAACUUGUAUUAUUGCAACAGCAUAUCACAUUGCAGGAUGUUUUUUUUUUCCAAGCUUUCAUAUGGUAGCAUAUAUAAGCUACAUAAGUACAGCUUCAGCCUUUUAGGAAAUGUCUGUUUUUGUUGGAGGCAAAAUAUAAACUUAACUUUUACGUAUGUUAAUGUAAAUAGGGAUUUGCGAGCCACUUCACAAGACAGGCUAGAGUUUGCUUUGUAACCGCAGCCAAUCAGCUGGGUGAACGUAACCGUACCUAAUUAAUAUGAAUGAGCCAUCCAUGUGGGUGUUACCAAAAAGAUACAGGUGCUGGUGUUUGAUGUGCGGUCGUGAGACUCUACCAUCCAUACAGCUGGCAGCUAAUGAUAGAAGUUAGAAAUACAAACAUUUUGAUUUUCUCGGAGUUUCUUCUCCCUCAAUGGGUGACAGUAUAAAGGAAACAUAUGGAUAAAAUUACAUUCUUAGACAUUGUCCACCGAUGGAGCCCAGAGUUUGUUAAAGGUUGUCUUUCGACAUAUGAAGAACAUAUUUGCAUCUCGGCUGCUCUUUACGUCUUGUCUGCUUUUAUAUUACUGGUUUCCUGUUCACUUCUUCUUUAUCACAGAUGUAAAACGCGAAGCAACAGUUGGGGCGAUGAAGCAGUCUGCGCCUUGUAUUGUUUCGUGGGCAACUUGUGCGGCGCAGUGGGCGCUUUCCUUUCCAAACAGUUUGAUUUUCUGAUUUCUAUGGCUUCAUAUAUGGCAAUUUUGGAUGUUGUUCAUUUCCUGUCAAUAUCUUUCUCCAUUUAUUUAUGGUAUAAGUCAAAAAUGGGAAAGAAAAUGAGAAUGAUUUCCAGGAGGAGGCGGCAGAAUUUUCUAGCUGUGUGUCUGCUGUUUGUAAUGGGCGGCAGUGUUUACCUGGGUUUACCAGUCCAUACGAGUGCAAAAAGACUAUCUCCAACCAUGAGGAGACUACUUGGCAUCUUCCUCAAUGACCAUACUGAGAACCUUGGCUACGUGCUGGGUCUUCUGUCCUUCGCAAUUAGCUGGACUGCCAAGUUUCCCUUCGUCCUGAAAGCUAAUAGAGGAGAGCAGGGUUCUGCUGUGCAAGUGUCCUCUAGAGUUCUGUCUUCUGUUUCUGGAGCUCUUUAUGGCUCUGCCAUUCUUCUCUACGACACAGAGCUAAGAUCAGUUAUCAAAGCAAUGCCAUGGAUACUCUCUGCUAUCAGCUGUGCUGUUCUGGAUCUUUCUAUUGUGGUCGUCAUCUGUUUCAGAUCCAGCCAUAAACGCCCUUCUGUCCGGUCUUUAGACUCAGAUACUGAAUCUUUACUAGGUGACUCUUCUGUCAAAGAUCAGCUGUGCAACAACAACGUUGAAUGCUGCAGGAAGAAGCACCUCUCAGCAAGAGGCAUCUCUCCCAAAGGGACUGACAUGGGACUCUAUAUGGAUGUCAAUAUACAGCCAAUGAGGAAGGUUUGUUUAAAGGAGGUGACCAUCUCACGGGAUGGCUCAUCCGAGAGUCUUCCUCUGAAGAGGACUGUCAGGGUGGUGCGGGUUGAUGAACAGUGUUCAUCUGGUACCUCGACUGAUUCAUCCUCUAUCGGCUCAGAACUAGAGUGGGACUUUGAAGAAACAAAAACGCAAUGGAUCCCGGUAGAGGAAGCUCCUGAAGAUCUGCAGAAAGCAGAUGCGUUCCCUCUCCAGGAGUGGCCAGUGGGUUCGAUUUCGGAGUCAACCGGCAGACCUGGCUCUCGUAUUUGCUUCUGCAACCGCGCGCAGCUAGUGGAGAAGUUGAUAUCCAAAUAAUUAGAAAACUGAACCCCGUGCCACUAAGUUGAAUGAUCACGCAUUAAUUAUAUAACACUAUUUGAUUGUAAGUUUAAUAAAGCAGUGUAAAACUGGAUGUCAUGUUCGCAUACAGUGUAAAGCCAUCGUUUACAUCACCAACAAGGUUUUUAUGGAACUCGUUUGAUGAGGCAUAUUUUUGAGUUUACUUGAAAAGCAAAGGAGAUGACUGAUGAUGUCUCUCAAACCUCAGAGCUGGUCUGACUAUUGUUGCAGUACCAGCUUUAGAAGGCUGAUCUACCCUUGUAUAUUUCCCUCAUGGCAGCUAAGGCUCUCGGUACUUCCCUGUCAUUCAAGCUGAUGGCUUUUUCCAUUGUCGUCCCCUUUCCUCUCCAGAGUCAUGUCGCUGAUUAAUGGGAUGGCUCUGAAAACUUUAUCAGACCUGUCAUUUGCAUAGACGAUAGAGAACACUGACAAAUGAAGGGAGGUGUCACAUUGACUGCCCUAAUAAAAACAAUAUCACCAUUUUGCAGGCUCGCCAGGUCGGGAGGUCACUUCCUUUAUUUUGAUAGUUUCUGCUGGUUUAUUUGAGCUGGACUGGACAAGGCACAGCAGCCCGAGAUAGGGCGUAGACGAAACGGUGAGUGUUUUCAGCGUCCCUGCUGGUCACCAGACUCGGCCUGCCUUGGCUUGUGACUUUGCCUCCCAUGCUCUUUGUAUCUCAGUCAGUCGGGUUUAACAGAUGGAUAUUCAUUAGACUUCCUCAAACCAUGAUAGCAAGACAAUGCGUUGAUUAGAGUAUGUCAAGCAGAUGAGGACAUUUCUUGUUCUGGUGGCAUUGCGUUGGGGAUGUGAAUGUAUAGGCCCACACGGAAUCUGCAGAACUCUACGCAUUCCGUGUGUCUUGCAUAUUUGUUCAUUUUUAAUAGUUUCUAUAGAGACAGCUGUGUGUCCUGACUGUUAGUGUCAGUAUUUUAUCUUUUUACUUUUCCUUGCUGACUAAAUUAAAUUAAUAAAGUUAAUUUAAUUAUACUUUCAGCUACCAUUAA